AAAGAUACAUUUUGGUUCUGUAAAGAACCCUGUUUGUGAAAGUGAGUGUGAAGAAUCCUCCAUCAAGAGUGGUUAUUUAGUGGCAUCACUCAAAGAACCUUUUGUUUUUUGUGAUUUUUUAGUGUAGGACAAACUAAAGCAAAACCUAUAAGUUGUUUAUGAGCUGACAUACAUUAUGGUUAAUGGAUCACUGCAACCAAAAUAAUAUUUGAUAAGAAGCCGGUCUGUGUAGAUGCUUAGUAAUGUUCAGUUUAAGGACUUAUAAACUGUGUAAAGAGUGUAGAGUGAAUAAUUUAGAAUUUAGAAUAUCUUAUGGAAUUGACAUCAUUCUUCUUGUCUCUAAGGGGAUUUUCCCUCAUAAGUCUCGUGUGUCAGUCAAUCCUUUGUGUUUCUUCCAUAAACACAGGUAACGAUAUUUGGUGGUUAAUAGGAAAGUGUGGAAUUUUCCAGGAGGUGCUUUAACCUGUUACGCAAGUCAUCUGCAUAAGCCUCCUGACCUCUGUAGACUCAUAUAUAACCUGCAUUCAGCCUGACGGUUUAAACAGUCCUGACGAAACAUUCUAACCCUGUCCUUAUUUCAUUUGAAUUCUUCUUAAAACAUUCUAAACUUUUCCACACUCUUGCUGCAGAAGUCUCUUACUCUCUAAUAUUAGUUUCAUAAGCUCAUGUAGGUUAUUCUAAAUUCUCCUUUAAACUUCUCUAAACUCUGUAACUCUUUUUCUAAAGCUGUCAGACUCUUCCACAUUUAUCUAAACUCUUCUAACUCACUCUAGAGUCUUCUAAACUCUUGCAAACCUUUCUGUUCUUUAUGUAAGUAGUGCUAUAACAGCCAUGCUUCAGGUUUCCCCAGGUAGUGAAUUUACUCGUUUUGGUCAGGUGGAUUUGGAGCGAGGGAACGAUGCAGGUGCCGCUCCUCUGGCUGGCUGUCGGAGACUUCGCUCCUGUUCCCUUUUUGUUCCUGAGGGUUCUGGAAGGAUUGACUUAAACUUCAGCAGACCCAGGUCCAGAUCCUUCUACAUGUGUGAACCUGAUGAUAGCAGUGAGUCCAGGUCUGAAGGGACCAGUACUGGAAGAUCUUUCUCCCUGCAGACAGACUUGGAGAAGAAAGAUGACAGCCACACCAAACUGGCACCCAAGAGAUCCAAGGCAUGCACACAUAAAUACCUCAAAAAAGACCACACAGGGAGCAAAGGCAGUCCAAAUGUUCCAAUGCUGACCAUCUCAGAGCCGGACAGCUGGGAGAUCAACUCCUCCUCUGGAAUGAAGUACGGUCAGUAUGUGGAUUGGGAAAAGAUUGAUCCAGAGUCUGCCGUCCGUUACAAGAAAAUCCUCUCCACCGACCAUUCAGGCCUAAAAGAGAUGGCUCGCUCUGGAUUCUGGACCAUGCCACACACACUUCGGGCCAAAGCCUACCACCACAUCAUCCAGCGCAUUGAAUGCCUGCCCAAUGUAGUGGACACUGACACCUACAAGGACCUUUCAGAGCGACUGUUUGAGGAACAUAAUACAAGCACCCAUCCUUUUCCCAAGUUUAUGGCAGAUGGGGAGAUUCCAAGGUACUGCCUGAACAAAGCAGGCCUGAACUCGGUGAGGAAGAUCCUGCUGUGCCUCAGUCAUCACUUCCCUGAAAUGACAUUUUGCCCAAUCCUGCCAGCCCUGGUGUCUCUCUUACUUCACUACAGUGAAGAUGAGCCCCAGUGCUUCCACAGCAUCUGCUCUUUGGUGUCCUACACAGACCCAGAGAAGCGUUACAUUGACCAGACCUUCCUCACCACUCAUGCUUCCUGCAUGACAUUUGGGGACCUGGCUAACAAAUACUGCAGGGGCAUCCGCAAGUUGAUUGCCAGCUCCCAUCAGAGUCUGUUUGAGUUCUACUCUGACUGGAUCAUGUGGAUCUUUGCUGAUCUGCCUUUCAGCUAUGCCAUCUGGGUGCUGGACGUCUACCUGAUCGAAGGAUACAAAGUCCUGUACCGGGUUGCGCUAGCACUUCUCAGCCUCUACAAGGUCUCUGUAAGUUCAAGAGUGGCCCAUGUGGAUGACUUUAAGCAGGAUAUGAAAAGGUUUGUGGAGAAUGUGUCCCGCCACAGCAGCAUUGAUGCCCUUCUUGAGAGAGCCUUUAGCAUCCAGCUGCCCACUCGCAGGGAGCUCAACUUUCUCUACAAUGCCAACAAGCAGGCACUAAUUCAGAGGGGGAUCCAGAACCAAAGUUCUUAUCAAAGUGUGGAGUUGGGGGGAUUCUGCUCCAGUGUUGUCUCCAUGACAGAGAUGAGAGUGGUGUGGGCCUGGAUCCCGGAACGCUUCGCUCUCUUCAGCCCGGUACGGCUUUUCAGCACCAAUGACCAUGGCCGAAGCUUGACCUCGUUGUAUUCUCAUGUGGAGGGUUGUGAACCAACUGUACUGCUGCUGAAAACAGUGGAUGAGGAGAUCUGUGGUGCGUUCUUAUCUUCAGACUGGGCUCUGCGGAAUCAUGAUGGAAAUAGCCUUUACUUCUUUGGAACUGAGGAGUGCUUCGUUUUCACUCUGAGACCAGGGAUGGAACGUUAUCAGAGACCUGUGCUGCACAUCUCCGGCAUGUCUGGAACAAGUGAAUCACCACGAGAAAGCUUCAGUUUCUUCAACUCAUCUUCAUCCACAUGCAGAUUUACCCACUCUGCCAGGACCAAUCAGGAUCCAAAUUACCUGUCUGUCCCUUACAGCUCACCUCAGCCACACCCGCCCACAGCAAGGUUCAUGGCUGGAAACAACGAGAUGCUUAUGAUAGGUGGAGAAGGGGGUCAUGCUCUAUCUCUGUUUGCUGAUCUUUUUGAGGGUCAUUCUGAACAGUGUGACACAUUUGAGAGUCCGGUUCUCUGUCGAGGCAGAUUCAGGAUCCACAGUCUGGAAGUGUGGGGCAUUCAGCACACAAUGACCCUUCCUCCACACACACACACUGUACCAAACACACUAAGACACCCGCAGUCACAGGCUUAGACCCACACACACAGUGUCCGCAGAAAGUUCUCUUAGUUGACUGAACGUCAGUUUAUGGUGGUGUUAAUUUAUUCUGAACGUGGUUUAUGGAGUCUAAAGGUAAUGUGUAACUCUGUAAAAGGUCACACUUGGAUGGAAAAGUGGAUGGAGCAGUGGAGGGAACGUUGAUACUGGCUGACCUGAAAAACCUGUUUGUGUUCCACUCUGUUCUAAAUAAAUAGAAUGUUUAAGUAUUAAUUUUAUACCACUGUAUUAUAUACAGAAACAACAAAUAAAGGAUCUUACCUGUAUUAUUCUAA